GUCUGAACUAUAAAAGAAUAGGACGAGAUAUACUUGGAAAAUGAUUUUGAGUUGAGUAUUAUUCAGAUGCACCUGCUUCAAUGACACCUGCCCCUGCAUGAUAAAACUAAGAAGCAGUUCCCUAGUGAACUGAAAAAAUCAUAAUCUAAUCAAAUAUUAAUCUUCUUAAAAGUAAAAACAAAUUUAUGCAAAUAACACUUGAACAAAAACAAACGUAGUCAAAAUACGACCAGGCAUUAUGGCUAACCUUCUUCUGGAGUUCGUUGUCUUUUUAGCAUUUUUAACAUUUCAAAGCUUCAAAACGAUUGUAAUGUGGUUUGUUCCAGCUAAAAAGAAAGAUGUUCGUGAUGAAAUAGUUUUUAUCACAGGAGCAGGGAGUGGAUUGGGUCGUUUAAUGGCCCUGCGUUUCGCGUCUCUUGGAUCAAUUGUCGUUUGUGUUGAUAUCAACAAACAGGCAAAUGAGGCGACUGUGGAUGAAAUAAAAUCAAAAGAUCAGAAAGCUUUUUCGUUCACUUGUGAUUGCAGUAGCAAAGACGAUAUUUAUCGUAUUGCGAAUGAUAUCAAAACGAAUGUUGGAGAUGUGACAAUCCUUAUUAAUAACGCCGGAAUUGUCAGCGGAAAGAAGUUUUUUGAAAUCCCAGAUGAAAAGAUUAAGAAGACGUUUGCGGUCAACACAAUGGCUCAUUUUUGGACCGCUAAAGCCUUUCUUCCGUCCAUGAUAGCAAAGAAUCAUGGUCAUGUUGUGAGCAUAGCUUCCUCGGCUGGGUUGGCAGGAAUAGCUGGUCUUAGUGAUUACUGCAGCUCAAAAUUUGCGGCAGUUGGCUUCAACGAGUCGCUGCAAAUGGAGUUGGUCGUCACUGGAAAAACCUCCGUGCACACCAGUCUGGUGUGUCCUUAUAUUAUCAACACUGGAAUGUUUGAAGGAGCGAAAUCAAGAUUUCCUUGGCUUCUUCCAAUAUUGGAUCCUGAAACGACCGUUGACAAAAUUAUGGACGGAAUUUUAACCAACCAAAGUGUUAUUAUCAUCCCAUGGCUAUUAAAACUACUGCUUGUUUUCAAGAGUAUGCUUCCUCAAGAGUCCUUCAUUACAAUAUCAGAGUUUUUUGGAGCAAGUUCAUGCAUGGAUGAAUUUAAAGGAAGAGAAAUUAAAAAAGAAAAUUGAAAAAAAACUUGGGGCAAUGUGAUGAUGAAUUGAAGGUUACGCUUUCCAAUGGACCUUUUGCAUAAUAGACAAACUUUUGAUUUAGGCAACAAAAAGGAAAUUUCCGAAAAG